CCGCUUCCUUGUGGACGCCUUCCCUGGUCAGGCCGGGCCCCACUCCCUCACCAGACCCACCAGGGGCGUCCCUGCUGGAGCUCCUGUGCCUUCUGCGAACACCGACGCUCUCAGCCAUUCGCCGGGGGAAGCUCGCCCGGGCCGGGCCACCGCCCGCCGCCCCGCCUCCGGCGCCCGGGCGCCACGAUGACGUCCUUAGCAGGCGCCGCCGGCCGGCGCAGGGCGCCUGCGCGCACGGGGCGCGCCUGCGCGGACGGCGGCCCGCUGACAGAUUGGCGGCGGCGGCGGCGGCGGCCCCGGACUGCGGGCAUGGGCGUCCGCGGGCCCUGACGGAGCACCGCCCCCGCCCGCCUGGCCGCCGACAUGGCUCAGGAGAAGAUGGAGCUGGACCUGGAGCUGCCUGCGGGCGCGGCGGAGGGCGGCGGCGGGGCCCUGCGGAGGUCGAACAGCGCCCCCCUGAUCCACGGCCUCAGUGACACCUCGCCCGUGUUCCAGGCCGAGGCGCCGAGCGCCCGCAGGAACAGCACGACGUUCCCGAGCCGCCACGGCCUGCUGCUGCCCGCCUCGCCGGUCCGCAUGCACAGCAGCCGCCUGCACCAGAUCAAGCAGGAGGAGGGCAUGGACCUCAUCAACCGCGAGACGGUGCACGAGCGCGAGGUGCAGACCGCAAUGCAGAUCAGCCACUCGUGGGAGGAAACUUUCAGCCUGAGCGACAACGACGCCGAGAAGGCGGCGUCCCCGAAGCGCGUCGACUUCAUGCCGGUGUCGCCGGCGCCGUCGCCCACCCGCGGCAUCGGGAAGCAGUGCUUCUCGCCCUCCUUGCAGAGUUUCGUGAGUAGCAACGGAUUGCCGCCGAGCCCCAUCCCCAGCCCCACGACCCGCUUCACGACGCGGCGGAGCCAGAGUCCCAUCAACUGCAUCAGACCCAGCGUGCUCGGACCCUUGAAAAGGAAAUGUGAAGUGGAGACUGAGUAUCAGCCAAAGAGGUUCUUCCAGGGCAUCACCAACAUGCUGUCCUCCGACGUGGCCCAGCUGUCAGAUCCCGGCGUGUGCGGCUCGUCCGAUACCCUGGACGGGAACGGCAGCAGUGCCGGCUCGUCCUGUAACUCCCCAGCGAAAGUCAGCACCAGCACCGACUCCCCGGCGUCCCCGGCGGCCUCCCCGUUCCUGCCCCUGGACGAGCUGCCCUCCAAGUGAUUCCCUCGGACUUGGGGCGGGGGCUUUGUGAGAGAAACCAAGUUGUUGGAGCAAGCACUGAACUUUGUCAAUUCAUUUGAAGCUGUUUCCUACAUUUGACUCUCCCCUCCCCUACUUUUUUUUUUUUUUUAAUUUCCUGAAAUGUUAUUCUAGAGACCUUCAGUGUCAGGUUCCUGCGGAUACCCUUGAAUUCAGUGUAGUAAUUUUUGGACGUUUUCCCGUACGUGUGUUGAGGCAUACAUCUUUACGCUGCUAAUAUGUCUAAAUACAUGUGUUAUCCCUUGA